AUGAAUUUUUCCAACUUGCUUGGGUCUGUGUAUCGUCGUGGUAACCUUGCCUUCACUCCUGAUGGUGGCAGUGUGAUCAGCCCUGUAGGGAAUAGGAUUACAGUAUUUGAUUUGAAAAGCAACAAAUCCGAAACCUUACCCUUUGAAAGCAGUUUAAAUAUUACAACAAUUGCUGUCUCUCCAAAUGGCUACACUUUGAUUGUAGUUAAUGAAGAGGGAGAAGCUCUUUUGUGCAGCCUUAUCAGUCGGACAGUACUCCAUCGUUACCAUUUCCACAGUAGAAUCCAUUGCAUCAAAUUCAGCCCAGAUGGAACAAAAUUUGCUGUUACAAAAGAGGAUAAAAUUUUGGUGUUUUAUGCUCCUGGGAAAAACAUAAACUUUAACCCCUUUCAACUGCUGAGAAUGUUCUAUGGAGCCUAUGAAGACAAUGUUUGUAUUGACUGGUCAACAGACUCUAGAGUAAUCUGUACUGGCUCAAAAGACAUGUCUGUGCGUGUCUAUGGUAUUGAACGAUUUAAAAACUUAUUUAUCUACACACUUACUGGCCAUGGAGAUGCUAUUGUCGGAACCUUCUUCUUAAAAAAUUCCUUAGAUUUGUACAGUGUAGCUGCUAAUGGUGUCCUUAAUUUAUGGCGCUGCAAUACACAAUUGGAUGGUUUGGAGCCAUUCAAGAAGAAGAAGGAAUUUAAUGCCACUGAAAUUGAAGAGGUAGGAGAAGGUGGUAAAGAAUCCUCUAAGAAAUCUCGUUUAGACGAAUCAAAUGCACGACAAAAACAGGAUGAAGAAGAAGCAGCAGUAAAAAACAAAAUACUGUAUAAAAAGGCUCAAAGAUACAAUUUGAAAAAAUCCCGAGAGAAGACUAAUGAAAAUGUUAUUAAACGACUGACCAGUGCAGUGUAUAAUAAAGAAACAAAGUUGAUGGUCACUGGCUUUGAAGAUGGAUGCUUCUUCAUACAUGAAAUGCCAUAUUGUAAUCUUAUUCAUUCAUUAAGCAUUUCUGAUCAAAUUAUUGGUUCUGUUGAAUUCAAUAAAGGAGGUGACUGGAUUGCCAUGGGAUGUUGUGGUCUAGGGCAGCUUUUAGUUUGGGAAUGGCAGAGUGAGACAUACAUUUUGAAACAGCAAGGUCACUUUAGCAACAUGACCUGUCUUGAGUAUUCCCCAGAUGGGCAUUACAUGGUCACAGGCGGAGAUGAUGCAAAGGUAAAAGUUUGGAAUACAAGCAAUGGCUUUUGCUUUGUGACUUUCAGUGAACACACUGCAGGAAUUACAGGUGUGAAAUUUAAUCAGCGUGGUCAGGUAAUCAGUUUUCUUCUUUUCUCCUUUCCUUUCUUCCUUCCUUUCUUCCUUCCUUUCUUCCUUCCUUUCUUCCUUCCUUUCUUUCUUUCUCCCUUCCUUUCUUUCUUUCUUUCUUUCUCCUUCUUUCUUUCUCCUUUCUUUCUUUCUUUCUUUCUUUCUCCUUCUUUCUUUCUCCUUCUUUCUUUUCUUUCUUUCUCCUUCUUUCUUUCUCCUUCUUUCUUUCUCCUUCUUUCUUUCUCCUUCUUUCUUUCUCCUUCUUUCUUUCUUUCUCCUUCUUUCUUUCUUUCUCCUUCUUUCUUUCUUUCUCCUUCUUUCUUUCUUUCUCCCUUUCUUUCUUUCUCCCUUUCUUUCUUUCUCCCUUUCUUUCUUUCUCCCUUUCUUUCUUUCUCCCUUUCUUUCUUUCUUUCUUUCUUUCUUUCUUUCUUUCUUUCUUCCUUUCUUUCUUUCUCCCUUUCUUUCUUUCUCCCUUUCUUUCUUUCUCCCUUUCUUUCUUUCUUUCUUUCUUUCUUUCUUUCUUUCUUUCUUUCUUUCUCCCUUUCUUUCUCCCUUUCUUUCUUUCUCCCUUUCUCCCUUUCUUUCUUUCUUUUUUCUUUCUUUCUUUUUUUUUUUUUUCUUUCUUUCUUUCUUUCUUUCUUCCUCCCUUUCUUUCUUUCUUUCUCCCUUUCUUUCUUUCUUUCUCCCUUUCUUUCUUUCUUUCUCCUUUCUUUCUUUCUUUCUUCCUUUUCUUUCUCCCUUCCUUUCUUUCUCCCUUCCUUUCUUUCUUUCUUUCUUUCUUUCUCCCUUCCUUUCUUUCUCCCUUCCUCCCUUUCUUUUCUUCUUUCUUUUCUUCUUUCUUUUUUCUUUCUUUUCUUCUUUCUUUUUUUCUUCUUUUCUUCUUUUCUUUAA